AUGGUACUCGAGGCAUUGACAGAUGGGUUGCAGAGGUUCUUCUCCUUUGGUGUGUUGGAUCACCGUUUGGAACCUUCAUCAAGAGAUAGAAGACGCCAGAUGCUACUUUCCAAGAUCUAUGCGACUCCUCGAGGUAGGGUUAGUUCCAAAGUGUCUAAGCAAGGUCCUUUUGGCGAUUUAGCGAUACAAUCACCUCUGUGGAAGACAUGGGAGUUUAAGUUUUACUAUUUAGCGUUUGUCAUAGUGGUGCCGCUAACAAUUAAGAGUGUUAUGGAUGCAAGUAGUGAGGAAAAUCCCAAUUACUCACUUUAUGAACCGCUAUUGAGCCGGGGAUGGAUAUUCGGUCGCAAGGUUGAUAAUAGUGAUUUGCAAUACAGUUUCUUCAGAGAUAACCUACCGCUUUUGUUGGGGGUAAUGGUUUUGCAUACAAGCAUUAAAAGAAUUACUUUAAAGUUAACCAAAAUAUCCAAAGUAUAUUUUGAUUUUAUCUUCGGAAUUGCGUUUGUGGUAGCAGCUUUUGGUGUCAAUUGUUUCAAAUAUUUUGCAGAGAUUUUGAUUACAUUUAGCAUCGGUAGUGCAUUUAAAUUUAACCCUCGUUUGGCAAUUUUACUUUCAUGGACAUUUGGUAUUUCACUUUUAUUCUUUAACCAAAAAUACAGUAGAUAUUCCUAUGGUAGUAUUUCAUCAAUACUAUCAUGCUUAGAUGGUCAAUUCCAAGGUUUAAUACCACGAUGGGAUGUUUUCUUUAACUUUACUUUAUUAAAGAUACUGAGCUACAACAUGGAUUUCCUCGAAAAAUGGCAGGAGAAACAAUCUGCAGAUAUUAAUAACUCUUCUAUUGCCCUUAAAUCAUUGGGAAAAGUCAGUCCUCCUGGAAGUCGAAGCGAGUCUCCUAUGUCCAAUGCAAGCGGUUCAGCUACAGGUUCUAGUCUCGAACUUCAUAAAACAAGAUCCAAUCAACAUCCUUUGGAAGAAAAAGAGAGAUUGGUUGCACCUCAUCCUCUGCAUGAUUACAAUUUAUUGCAUUACAUUGCAUAUGUGACUUAUACUCCUCUUUUCAUUGCAGGUCCUACCAUUACUUUUAAUGAUUAUUUAUACCAAACUAGAGUCACACUGCCCUCAAUUUCACUUAGAAACACAACAGUCUAUGCCAUUAGAUUUGCAUUUUGUUUCUUAACGAUGGAAGUUAUCGUCCAUUUUGCAUAUGUGGUAGCUAUUACCCAAAGAAAGGCAUGGUAUGGUGAUUCGCCAUUUCAAAUUUUCAUGAUUGGAUUAUUUGGUUUAACAGUCGUUUGGUUAAAACUAUUGAUCCCCUGGAGAUUGUUUAGGUUAUGGGCACUUAUGGAUUGUACCGAUACUCCCGAAAACAUGAUUCGUUGCGUCUAUAACAAUUACAGCUGUCUAGCAUUUUGGAGAGCUUGGCAUAGGAGUUUUAACAAGUGGGUGGUUCGUUAUAUUUAUAUUCCACUUGGCGGUUCUCAAAACAGAAUUCUAACUUCAUUGGCGGUAUUUUCAUUUGUGGCUAUUUGGCACGAUAUUAAAUUGAGAUUAUUGCUAUGGGGGUGGCUAAUCGUUUUAUUAUUAUUACCAGAAAUGUUUGCCACUAAAUACAUGAAUCGUUAUUCUGAUAGAUCUUGGUACAGACAUCUUUGUGCCGCUGGCGGUGUGGUUAACAUUUGGGUGAUGGUAAUUGCCAAUUUGUUUGGAUUUUGUAUGGGAACUGAGGGAACCAAAGAUUUUUUAAAAGAAAUUUUUGGAACCGUUGCUGGUCUUAGAUUUUUCCUCUUGGCUAGUGGUUUUCUAUUCAUCAUGGUUCAAAUUAUGUUUGAACAACGUGAACACGAAAAGAGAAAGGGUAUUAACAUAAGAUGUUAA